CUAGCGUUGGCAGUUUGGCAGCCAUCUACAGAAUUCUAAUCCCGAUUCUGUAGUGUUUACUGUUUAUUGAUUGCAAAUUUGGCGGUUGAAAUUAGUAACAAUAUACCUAUUUAGGUAAUUCAGUUAUUGCUAUUGAUGCUGAAUUUCCAAAAACAAAAUGCCGGCGUUUUUAAAAUACAUAGAUAUGGAAAACUUUAAAUCCUAUCGCGGCCACCAUCGUAUUGGACCCCUAAGAUCAUUUACUGCUGUUGUCGGACCAAAUGGCUCAGGUAAAUCUAACUUCAUGGAUGCUGUGAGCUUUGUAAUGGGAGAGAAAACAUCCCUUCUCCGUGUGAAACGUCUGAGUGAUCUCAUUCACGGUGCCUCUAUCAACAAGGCAGUUGCCAGAUCUGCAUCAGUGACAGCAUCAUUUAUUUUAGAAGAUUUGACAGAAAAACAAUUUCAGAGAUCUGUUAUUGGUCAGUCAUCAGAUCAUAGGAUAAAUGGUCAAUCAGUGCCUGUUAGCCAAUACCAGUCAGAGUUGGAGAAGUUGGGAAUAAAUGUGAAAGCGAAGAACUUUCUCGUGUUCCAAGGGGCUGUUGAAAGCAUUGCCAUGAAGAAUCCCAAGGAGAGGACAGCACUGUUUGAAGAAAUUAGUGGAUCUGGGGUACUCAAAGAGCAGUAUGAACAAUGCCGUAUGGAGGUAAACCGCGCUGACGAGGAGGCACAGUUCUCAUACCAGAAGAAAAAGGGAGUUGCAGCAGAGAGAAAGGAAGCCAAGAUGGAGAAGGAAGAAGCGGAGAAGUACACCAGACUCAAGGAGGAGUUGCAACAAAAAAAAGUGGAGCUUCAGCUGUUCCACCUUUACCACAAUGAGAAAGAUAUCCAGAACUGCGAGGAGGAACUGCAAUACAAGCAGAAUGAUGUUGCCAAGAUUGAGAAAAAGCGGCAGAAAGCUGAGGAGGUCUUGAAAGAGAAGAAAAAAGAAGCAGGAACUGCUCAACGAGAGUUGGCCAAGAUAGAGCAGGAUAUUCGGGAAGUGGAAGCAGAGAUAUCGAAGAAGCGUCCCACGUUUGUGAAGGCGAAGGAUCGUGUCACGCACACGCAGAAGAAGCUGGAGAGCGCUUUGAAAACACUCGAGCAGGCGCGGAAGGCUCACGAGGCGCAUCAGGCGGACAUCAGAAAGUUGGAGGAAGAGCUCCGUGUCGUAGAAGAAGAGAAGGCGCUGUGGGAACAGAGUCAACAGACGCAGAUGGGAACUUCCACAGCACGGUCUGACGUGCACCUCGAGGAGGCGCAGAUCCGUGAAUACGAAGAGCUGAAGAUGGAAGCAUCCAGACAGGCGGCGCGCUACCUGCAGGAACUGGACUCGGUGAACCGCGAGCAGAAGGCGGACCAGGACAGACUCGACAACGAGAUGCGGAAGAAGGGGGAAGUGGAGAACAAACACAGGCAGAAGGGUCACGAGCGUAACGAAGCAAUGAAGCGGAUUGAGAAGCUGAACGAGCACAUCAAGAGUUCGGAGCAGGCCCUGGAUGAGCAGCGCCGUCUCCGCGCCGAGCUGCAGGCGGACGUGGGGUCGUGCCGCGGCAAGGCGGCCGCGCUGCAGGCCGCGCUGGAGGACGUGGCGGCGCAGCUGGGGGACGCACGCGUCGACAAACACGAGGAGGCGCGGCGCCGCAAGAAGCAGGAGAUCGUGGAGAGCUUCAAGCGGGAGAUACCCGGAGUCUACGACCGCAUGAUCAACAUGUGUCAGCCGACACACAAGCGGUACAACGUGGCCAUCACCAAGGUGCUGGGCAAGUACAUGGAGGCCAUCGUCGUGGACACGGAGAAGACGGCGCGCCGCUGCAUCCAGGUGCUGAAGGAGAGGAUGCUGGAGCCAGAGACCUUCCUGCCGCUCGACUACAUACAAGCCAAGCCGCUCAAGGAGAGGCUGCGCGAUAUCAAGGAGCCGAAGAACGUGAAACUGCUGUUCGACGUGCUGCGGUUCGAGCCCGCGGCCAUCCACCGCGCCGUGCUGUUCGUGACCAACAACGCGCUCGUGUGCGAGACGCCCGAGGACGCCUCACGCGUGGCCUACGACCUCGACCGCAGCAAGAGCAGCCGCUACGACGCGUUAGCUCUGGACGGCACGUUCUACCAGAAGUCGGGCAUCAUCUCGGGCGGCUCUCUGGACCUGGCGCGCAAGGCCAAGCGCUGGGACGAGAAACAUCUGUCGCAGCUCAAGGCUAAGAAGGAGAAACUGACGGAAGAGCUCCGCGAGUCGAUGAAGAAGUCUCGCAAGGAGUCCGAGCUCACCACCGUGGACUCUCAGAUCCGUGGCCUGGAGUCCCGCCUCAAGUACGCCAUCUCCGACAGAGACACCACGCAAAAGCAAAUCAAGGCACUGGACGCUGAGCUCGCGGAGUUGGAUCGCAAGAUUGAUAUGUUUGGGCCCCAAGUGGAGGAGAUUGAGCGUACGAUUCGCGCGCGUGAUGCCAAGAUCCAGGAGGUCAAGGAGAACAUGAACAAUGUGGAGGACGUGGUGUUCCGCGCCUUCUGCCGCGACAUCGGCGUCGCCAACAUACGGCAGUACGAGGAGCGUGAGCUGCGGGCACAACAGGAGAGGGCCAAGCGCCGCAUGGAGUUCGAGGCACAGAUCGAUCGCAUCGCCUCCAAUCUGGAGUUCGAGCGCUCUCGGGACACGCAGAAGAACGUGACGCGGUGGGAGCGCACGGUGCAGGACGGCGAGGACGAGCUGGAGGCCCACCGCCAGGCCGAGGCCAAGCAGCGCCACGACAUCGACCGCGAGCUGCGCCGCGCCGACGGGCUCAAGGCCGAGCGCAGUGCGGCGCGCGCCGCCGCCGACCUGGCCGACGACAAGCUGGCGCAGGCCCGUAAAGAGCUCGCGGCGGUGCAGAAAGACAUCGCGAGCGUCCAGAAACAGAUCGGCAGCAUUGAGGCACGCAUCGAGAGCAAGAAGAGUGAACGACACAACAUCCUGCGACAGUGCAAGAUUGACGACAUUCAAGUGCCGCUGCUGGAGGGUAGCCUGGACGAGACAGAGGAGUCUGAGCCCUCCUCCAUGUCCACCUCACAGCAGUUCCAACGGGAUUCCAGGAUUCGAGUGGACUACAGCGACCUGCCCGCGUCCUUGAAAGAGCUUGAGGAAGCGGACGACAUCAAACGCAGAGCCGACAAACUGCAGAAGAACAUCAACUCGUUGCAGAACACGGUGGACAAGAUACAGGCGCCUAAUAUGAGGGCGAUGCAGAAGCUGAACGAAGUCCGCGAGAAGGUGAACGCGACCAACGAGGCGUUCGUGGCAGCGCGCAAGAGAGCGCACAAGGCCAAGCUGGCCUUCGAGAAGGUUAAGAAGGAGCGGCAUGACAAGUUCCAGCAGUGCUUUGAGCACGUCGCGAAUGAGAUCGAUGGCAUUUACAAAGCACUGGCGAUGAACCAGUCGGCCCAAGCGUUCCUGGGCCCGGAGAACCCCGAGGAGCCGUACUUGGACGGCAUCAACUACAACUGCGUGGCGCCGGGCAAGCGGUUCCAGCCCAUGUCCAACCUGUCCGGCGGCGAGAAGACCGUGGCCGCGCUCGCGCUGCUCUUCGCCAUUCACUCAUACCAGCCGGCACCGUUCUUCCUGCUGGACGAGAUUGACGCGGCGCUCGACAACACAAACAUUGGCAAGGUGGCCGCCUUCAUCCGCAGCAAGAAGGACUCGCUGCAGACCAUCGUCAUCUCGCUCAAGGAGGAGUUCUACGGCUGUGCGGACGCGCUCGUCGGCAUCUGCUCCGCGCCGGCGGACUGCCUGGUGAGUGACGUCAUCACAUUGAGCCUGGAGGGACACCCCGACUAGACAAGGACCAGCUGCGGCCCACGUCGCGUGUCACGUGUACGACACCGCGCGCUCGUUAUUGGCUCUCUUAUUAUUUGAUGCUAUAAUUAAUUUGUUAAUUUUGAUUUAAGAAUCAUGAAAAGCUUGAAUGUAUUUAAAAUGUAUCAUAGUAUAAGGACAUACGGUAUGAUGACGUCUAGAAAGUAGGAUAUUGUGUUAAACGCCGACAAUGUCUAGACAGUGUCGCACGGACGUUAGAGCCUAGGCUUAUCAUAUUUUCUAUCAUAUUUCAUCAUCAUUAUUAUUAUUAUUAUUAUAUACUUUUAUUUUAUCACUUAAUAAUCAAAAUAAUAGUUAUACCUUCGAUCAUUAUUAUGAAUAUAGAAUCAUCUUAAUACUACCUGGUUACAUUAUCUCUGGACUAUGACGUCACAUCGUCGCUUUGUUACGGUGUGCAAAACAAGCAUCUUUAGGAUAUUAUUAUUAUUAGAUAAACAUCGAUUUAUUUUUUUCAGUAUUGUAGAUUGAUGUAAUAAUGUUGUGUUGUGAUGCUGAUUAUUAUAAUUAUAUAAUGAUAAAAAUUCAAUGAAAGAAUCUGGAAUAAGUAAAAAAAACAUAAGUCAAAACGUAAUAAUGUAAACUUCAAAAACAAAGCAGUGAUAGAACGAAAAUAUCACAACACUACGACCGUACUGACGCAACAGUACGAGCGCGAGGAGGUGAAAGGGGAAUGGGAGGGUGCUUCACGUCCCAGCGAGGUCCAGAGAUAAAGUGGUCGUGUAGGACUUAUAAAUUUAUAGUUAUAAAUAAUCAAUCUUAAAUAUUAUAUAAUGACUACACAAAAUCGUUGACAAAAAAAAUAUUUGAAUCAUCUGUAAUUUAAAAAUAAUGUGCGAUAAAUUAAGAAUUAGCUGAAUCAUUCAAAACAGUGUGUGAGGGGACUACAUUGAUAUAAUUAGACCUAGAAUUUUAUAUUUUAAGUUAUAAAAUCAAAACAAUGACGUUAUAUUCAUAUAUAAGAACUUAUCUGAAUAAAUGUUUUACUUUGCUGCAUAGAUAUAUGAGUCGAUGUUUACUAUGGUGUAUUCAUAAAUACACCAUAGUAAACAUGGAACAUGCCACAGCAUGUUCCAUGUUUCAGCUGUGUCGUGUUUUGUCUAUUUGUAUAGAACGUCAUUGAUUGAAAAUGAUAUUUUGAAUACUUUGUAAGAUAGAAUCGUCUAACAGGCGACAUUGACGAAACAAUUAUAGUCCUUCGUUCGACCCUAAGAAUAUUGACACAAUAGAAGUAGUCUCCGCGUGCUCCUUUCAGCGGGCCUACCAUGAACUCUUACUACGAUUCAAUUGAAAAACUAAAAUGAAUUGCUUUGCUAUUUCGUACUAGAGCUAUCUAAUUUAGGUUGACGUCAAAUCAACUGAUAUUAAAUCUCAAUGAUGUCAAUUGAAUUGCAGACUGAUUUAGUUCGUUCAUUCAUUGGUACCAUGAGGUAAUAUUUCAACCUAAACUGGAUAGCUUAUGUGUCAAAGUGAGCGAUUCGAAAAAAGUUGCUACUUCCUUAGAGGAAAGUGAAUCGUGUUGUUAAUAACUUUUAAAAAAUAGUGAAAACAUACAAAAAAGGAAAAUUUUAUUGAUGAAAGAUGAGAAGAGAAUACUUUAUUGGACUUAUUUGUAAAACAAAAUACUGAAAAUAAAUGAAAAUACUAAAGACGAGGCAGUAAGGGCCCUGGCUAUAGCCUGUUUGCAAGAACAAAUUUAAAAAAUGUACUCUAUGCUCCUGUCAAAUCUACCAUCAAUGGAGGUGCGUUCAUAACUCGUUAUAUUUACGAAAAUACCUGAGAAAACAUUUAAUUUGUUAUUCAAAGAACUAUAUUUAUUUAUAUUACUAUUAUUUAAUAAGUUCUUAAUGGUUUAUAAUUUUAUUUAUUAUUUUCUACGACUGUAGAGCGUCAUCUCUUUCUCACACCGCGGACCACAGACAAAUUUAUUUCGUUCAUUUUUCAUAAGCGAUCCAAACGCCAUUCAGUAAAAGGCACUUCAUGGUACGAAUUCUAGUGAUUCAGUUUAGGUACCUAAACUGAACUGCAUCGGUAUCGCAUCGCUUAUUAAAAGUUGAUGAUAGGCCCCCUGGAAGUAGUCAGAAUAGUUUUAAUAGGAGUAGUUUUAGGUGUUGUCAUAUUAUUAUUAUGACUAAAAUAACCCCUAACCAAAUGACGUUCUAUACAUAUAGACAAUUCACGUCAUACAAAAACAAAGCCACAAAUUACACCAUAAUAAGCUUCGACUGCCAUAUCUAUAAGUAUCUGCGUAUACUCCAGCUGUUUAAAAUAUUAUAGAUUGUUUAAGUAGGCUGCCUAUAUUGAAUUAAGAACCUGAUUUGGACAGUGACAUAAGUGGAGUAGCAGUUAGGUAUUUUUUAAACCCUGACGAAAAAGAGGCUUGCUAUAAGAUUUACGUUUGUUAGUCUGUCCUUUUUUUUUGAUCAAUAUCUGCUAAGUUAGAGGUUUUUUACGUUUUUAAUCCAAAAUCACACACAUAUUAUUAAAGGGGAAAUUAAUGUUGAAAAAGUUUUAUCAUACCUUUUGAGCACGAAUUUUUAAACGCUAAAACCCUUUAGUGGUGUAAUAUAAAUAAGGAAUGAUUCUAGCAAAUGACACUCGUUUUAUUUGGUUUGUACCGGCAGCGGAGCCAUUCACAAGCUACCGGUGGCGGGGCUGCAGAUAGAGCUAUCACUGUGUGUCUUUGAGCCAACCGCUUAGCGAGAACCGCUUGAUAUAAUGUCUAGGCUAUUUGCCUUUACUCUGAGACCGUUUGCCGUAAGGACUAUCCGGAUUCCGGACUACGAUCGUCGAGUCAACGCGGUAAGUAAUGUUUUCUCGCCUAAACCGAGCUGCGUGACUUUGAUUUUGAUGCACAUUUUUUAAAUGCCUGUGUCAUUUUUUGAACUCUCCCUCUUACUAGAGGGACUAGGGUGACGUGAUAUCUACAUUCAAGCUAUUUAUUUUGUAGGUUACACUGUCAAUAGAUAAAAACAGGUAUCUCGGUCACUAGCCUCUGGGCUAUAUGCGCCAUCAUUAUUACAGAGGCUAAUGAAAAUUCUAAAUAGUAGUCAUUAGCUGCGGCCACAUUGAUGCACACAUGCCACAAAAUACGAAAAAUAGUGUAAUAAAGUUUUGAAGUUACUUUUGUAGUGUUAUAACAGAUGCAACUGUUGUGUAAUACGGGGUAUUAAAACACGAAUGUGGAUUUAUCUCACGAGGCGAAGCCGAGUGUGAUAAUAGUAUCACAUGAGUGUUUUAAUACCUAAUUAUCAACAGUGUUAUGAAAUUCAGUACAACAUUACAACACUCGUUUGGAUGAUGUAAUGGUUAUUAGAACAUUGGGUGUUUUAAUGUUGGCAAUAAGCUAACUGUUUCAGAAUCUUUAAUAGAGAAUUUAAAGCAUGGGUGUAGAUAAACAUUUUUACGUGCCUACAUACGUACUCGCAUACUUGUGAAUGUAAUUCAUUAAAUCAUCGUAAUAAACACGUAAUAUCGUUUGAAAUAUUAUAAGUUAAUUAUUCAAGUUAAACACGAGUUAACAACUACAUUCUCAAUGCGGCUAUGACAUUCCAACUAUGAAAUGGGUUUCAACAGUUUUUUAAUUUUAUGUCCGUUGUGUUUCCGACUUCUUUUUCUGUAUUACUUCUACUACCUAUGUAUUACUAUUAAAUAUAUUUUAAUUGAA